AUGCAGUCAGCGUCAGCAACAAGCUAUCUCCGUGAGGUAGAGAUAGGGCACAAGGAAAACUUGAAUCGGGGAGAACACGAGUGUGAGGAGGGAUUAGGAGGAAAUGAGAACCGGAAUCCGGAGCGAGAAAACGCGUCGCUAUUCCCCCCCAAGCGUCCCAGCUUGAGAGAACGACUGCAAGCGGAAGACACCCAUCUCCUCGGCAACACAGCCGAUUUGACCACACUGUUCGUGAGUGAGGUUUCCGGGGUAUGCAUAACUCCCGACAGCCUCCAUGAGGCUGUACGUGGAACUGGCGAUGUGAAUGGCCUGUACCACCUUGCCAUAUCGAUCCAACACGUAUUAGAUCAAAGGUAUCCGACCCCUGGCUAUCGGCAGCCAACAGAGGAUUCGAGUGGUAAACCAGUGAAAGAGCCGGUGCCAGACCGUCGUUUGGUUCAAGACACUAUGGAGCGCUUACUUGUGGAGAUCGGCAGCGCUCUUUACGACCGAGUUGGUGGCCCUAUUCUCCUCCCAAUCGACCCACGACGUCAUAACAACGUGGGUGGGUUGGUGCGCAGCGCGAAGCGCAUGGUGGCCAUGCUGACUGCCAAAGGCAUCGACAAAAAACAGGUUAUCGUCAGCAUCGUCGCAACUGAGGACGGAGUCAAGGCCAUACAGGUCCUUGCUGCGGCCCGAAUCAACACAAAUCUCAUCCUCGUGUCUGGACUGAGGCAUGCGAUGAUAUGUGUCGAAGCUGGCCCGGCGGCAAUUUCGAUCGCGGUUCGACCACUCUUACAAGCCCGAGAGAAGCGACAAAAACAGACCUUUCCCAACCUCUUGACUCAUCCUGGCAUCACAGAUAUUCUGGCUAUUAUCGAGUACUUCAAACGGCACAAAAUCGCGACAAGGAUAUUAGGGACCGACUUUGAGGAGCUGGCUGAGCUGGCAAUUCUUUCUGGGUUUGACGCCGUUUUUCUGAGCGCAGUUCAGUUGGAAGAUGUCCGCUGGCGAAGCGACCCUCAGUUCCCGACAAUGGCCUUACGAAAACUGCAUGAAAUGGCCGUCUUCAGGGCGCUUAACGGCGAAUACCCCUGCAAGGUCCUUGCCAACAUCCAACCCGGCACCGGAGGCUUCUUGCGGACUCUCUCGCCAGCGACACGAGAAGAGAUUUUCGACACGCUCUACCCAGAGAUGUACAGAAUGCAAGAUGUGAUGAACGCGGUCGAGGCCAUUGUGUACAAGGCGUUAGGAAGGCAGGUCGCGUUGCGGACGCUUAGCAUGGAUGCGCUGUGCGAUUUAUGGGAGCGGAAAGCCAGGAGGGAGGAGCCGCUGGGAAAUAGGGAGAAGAUUAAUCAUGACUCGGAGGAGUGCUUGUAA